UUGAGUUUGCAGAUUUUGUGUGUGUUAAAUUAUAUUGUGUGAGAUGAAAUCGAAAAUAAAAUGGGCAGCAUUAGGGGGAUUUGUGUUAUCAUUUGUUUCAUUGCUGGUUCAUUUGUUCCUUGCAAAGUCCAGUUCUGAUCUUGUACAAUACACCGCUAUUACCGUUUUUACUGAGGAUUUAACUCCUACUUUAUCCUCCAGAAAGGGUCCUGGAUUUCGCAAGUUGUGGGGAAAUGUGAAGUCAUUGGAACCCUUGCACCCUUAUCCAAAUCCAAGAAGUACAUAUCCUGUGGCAGUUGAUCAAAACAAUGGCUUCAUCUAUGCAAAAAUUUCUGGUAGUUUUGAGAAGAUCAGUAACUCGAUUGUUGAUCUGGUCGCCAUAUCGAGGCUUCUGAAUGCCACCCUUGUAAUCCCAGAGAUCCAAGAAAGUGCUCGUUCAAAAGGCAUCAGUUCCAAGUUCAAGAGUUUUUCAUACCUCUAUAAUGAGGAUCAGUUUAUAGCAGCCUUAGCAAAUGAUGUCACCAUUGUGAAGAGUCUUCCACCUAUAUUGAGGGAGGCUAGGAGGCGGAAAGAGUACCAACAUUUCAAGCCCAAAAGUUCUGCUUCUCUAAAAUUUUAUACUUCUGAAGUAUUACCUAGAUUGAAGAAAGGAAAGGUUAUCGGAUUAAUAUUGACAGAUGGAGGAUGUCUUCAGUCUAUCCUUCCCCCUAGCAUGGCUGAGUAUCAGAGGCUUAGAUGUCGUGUAGCAUUUCAUGCCCUUCAGUUUCGCCCAGAAAUUGAAGCUCUUGGAAAGCUCAUGGUGGAAAGAUUACGAGCUUCAGGCCAACCUUACCUUGCCUAUCAUCCUGGGCUUAAGAGAGAUGCCCUAGCCUAUCAUGGUUGUGCUGAAAUAUUUCAGGAUGUUCACACAGAACUUAUACAAUACAGGAGGGCUCAGAUGAUUAAACAAGGAAUUAUCAGUGAAGAACUUAGUGUUGACUCACAUGCUCGGAAGAGAAAUGGGUCGUGCCCUCUCAUGCCAGAAGAGGUUGGCCUUCUGCUUCGAGCCAUGGGUUAUCCACCUAGAACAAGAAUAUACCUAGCAGGUUCUGAAACCUUUGGCGGACAACGGGUUAUGAUUCCUUUACGCGCCAUGUACACCAAUUUAGUUGAUCGUACCUCUUUGUGCAGCAAAAAAGAGCUAGCCAAUUUAGUUGGCCCAGAAACCCCCCUUACUCCUGAUCCUGAUCAGCUUUUAACAGUAAAAAGUGCAAAUCAAUUAAAAGAAGAAUGGGACAAGGCUGGGCCCCGCCCAAGGCCUCUACCACCUCCUCCUGGUCGACCCAUUUAUCGACAUGAAAAAGAAGGCUGGUAUGGGUGGAUUGCAGAGAAAGAUAUGGAACCGGAACCUUCUCCCAAUGAUCAGAGGGAGCAAGCACACCGACUGCUAUGGGAUGCUCUUGAUUACAUAGUCUCAGUGGACGCUGAAGUUUUUUUCCCUGGUUUUGACAAUGAUGGUAAUGGGCCUGAUUUUGCGAGCUUGGUGAUGGGACACCGACUUUAUGAGAUGGCAUCUGCAAGAACAUUUCGGCCUAACAGGAAACAUCUUGCAGAGCUCUUUAAUAAUACCAUCGAUCAUCUCUAUUAUCCACCUCGUAAUUGGACCGUCGCUGUUAGAGAACAUCUCAACAAAAGCCUGGCAGAAGAGGGCCUUCUGAAUGGAUCUGAUCUAUCAAAAACGAAGUUCUUCCUCUCUAACCCUAUUCCAGAAUGCUCAUGUUCAACUGUCAAGGCUACUGAUAUUGUGCAUUCAGGAAAGAACAACAAUCUUCAUCUGUUGUUUGAAGGGCAGGACGAGUGCCCCAAAUGGAUGCAACAACUAAAAACUCAAGAGACUAAUGCUGAAGAAGUUGACUCUCAAGAAGAUGAGACUGAUUUGGAUGGGCAGUCAGAAUCCGAAGGAUACAAUGGAACUGAUGCAAUUCCAUCCCUGGAACAGGACGAGGAAAUGGAUCCUGAUGAUUAGGAUUAGAUGUACAUAUCUAGCCUUCGUAUUCUUGAUCAUUUCCCUCUAUGCCACCGGCGUCUAGCCCCACUCCGGAAAUAUUUUCUCAGAGAGUUAAACUUCACUGCAGCAUGUUGCUUUUGGAACGUCUGGAUGAACUCCCAAUUUUUUGGGGGCCAAAUUACCUGCACAGACAGUUCUUCAAACGUGUUUCAUGAAGUCUUCUUAGAGUUCGUUGCUUGGCAUGUGGAUUCCGUUGGUCUCUUCGGUAGAACUCUUCCUCUUUCUCUCCUACAUGACGGACAAGUUCUUCCAUCUUCUACAGGUAUAGAGCAUACAAAAGAUGUCUAAAAUUUCUAGUACUCUGUGACUGCACAAAGCAAAAGUGACACAGUGAAGCCAUAUAUAGUUAAACAAUUAUUCUUUGAUUUUCGUUUCACCUCUCAAAUAUUUUUCAAUAGAUGUCCGAACCUUUUGGUUAUAGAAGAGCUCCGAAAUCUAACUAGCUUUCAGUAUAUUGAAAUUCGUCUCUUGAGCAGUAAAGACCUAGUACGAGAUCUAGUAGUGGAGGACCUACGGAAUAAUGCUCAAUGUAUAAAGCUAUGAUGCCAAUGCCAUUAGCUGAAAUUUCUUGAAGCUA